AUGGCGCAGAUCAUCCUGAGGCACCUCAUAGACACGCCCGUGCGCUACCAGGAGCAGUUUGAGGCCCGGGGGCUGGAGGACUGCCGGCUGGACCACGCUCUGUACGCACUGCCCGGGCCGACCACCGUGGACCUGGGGCGAGCCAGGGCGCCCGACGGGCCGCCCGGGGAAGGCCGGGCGUGCUUCCAGGUCCUGCUGGACGUGGUCCAGUUCCUGCCCGAGGACAUCCUCAUACAGACCUUCGAGGGCUGGCUGCUGAUCAAGGCCCAGCACGGCCCCCGGAUGGACGAGCACGGCUUCGUGUCCAGGAGCUUCACGCGCCAGUACAGGCUGCCCGAGGGCCUGGAGACCCGGGACCUGACGGCCGCCCUCUGCCACGACGGCAUCCUGGUGGUGGAGGCCAGGCGUCCGGCGGGGACUCAGUGAGGUCCCGCCCCGCCCCCCGGGCUUCUGGUCACGGGCAACCGGGGAGAUCCCAGCGCGGCCGGCGAAGGUGCCCCAGGAGCGUGUGCGGGACCCACGUGUGAAGUGGUUUUUAUGAAGAUUGAAAACGUAGACGUGCUCCUGGUAGUUGAGUUUGUCUGUUGUCUUGCUCAGAGAGGAUGCUUGUUAACUCUGUUCCCAGCUCAAAGCGAUGCUCUUCUCACACCUGAGACACUGAGGGUUUGGGAGACGAGUUUGGGACCGGAGAGAACUCGGGAUUGUUUCACUUCUCCAGCAAGGCCGGGAGGCUGCCUCCGCAGCAGCUGGCGCGAAGAACCAGCCAACGUAAGGAACGUUUCCUGUUCAUGGAAACUGUGUGUGGCGCCCAUGCGAUCCCCUCACCUGCCAGCUUUUCCUCUCAGUGUGUUUUAAUGACAGUGGAGCUUUGUAAAUACAGAGUCUGAGGCUAAAACACAGGACCUGGACCCUGGGUCUGGAAUAUUUCUGAUUGACCACAGCUGUUUCUGCCUUACGCUCAUGUGGCAUUCAACAUAUCUUAUUUUUAACAGUUCCAAAUACGUACCUUGUUCUUUUUUUAAACUGAAAGUUAUCUGCAGUUGUUGGUUGUUGUUUUUUUAAAGCAGCACGUGUCCUGUGGAUAUUUAUGAACUAUUAAUAAGAUGUAACUUAUA